UAAAAGAAUAUUAUACUUUCACUCACUUGGAGCGGAACAUUUAUGAUACACAGUUGACGAGACAAGCGCGUUGAACCAAGUUAGCCUGUAGGCAGAGGCGUCCAAGAUGACUACAGCUGCAAGACCAACAUUUGAGCCUGCGAGAGGAGGCAGGGGGAAAGGAGAGGGAGAUCUGAGUGCUCUUUCCAAGCAGUAUUCCAGCCGAGAUCUUCCAGGUCAUACAAAGAUUAAGUACAGGCAACCCACCCAGGAUGCCCCAGAGGAGGUGCGUGCCCGUGACUUCCGCAGGGAGCUGGAGGAGAGGGAACGUGUCGCUUCCCGUGACAAGACCAGAGAGAGGGGACCCAGAGAACACACCACAUCCUCAUCAUCAUCCUCUUCAUCAUCUUCAAAGAGGCCCAGACUGGAUCAAAUCCCAGCAGCAAACCUUGAUGCUGAUGACCCUCUGACUGACGAUGAUGAAGAUGAAGACUCUGAGGAAGAAAGUGACGAUGACGACACUGCCGCCCUCCUGGCUGAACUGGACAAGAUCAAGAAAGAGCGAGCUGAGGAGCAAGAACGCAAAGAGCGAGAGCAGAAGGCAGAAGAAGAGAGGAUUCGAAUGGAAAAUAUCUUGAGUGGCAAUCCCCUGAUUAAUUUGGCUGGCCAGCAGCAACAGAAUCAAGCUCAAAAUACAUUUAGAGUCAAAAGGAGGUGGGACGAUGAUGUUGUGUUUAAAAAUUGUGCCAAAGGAGUGGAUGAGGCACGGAAAGAGAAACGCUUCGUCAACGAUACGCUGCGCUCAGAGUUCCACAAGAAGUUUAUGGAAAAAUAUGUAAAGUAAAGGACUUGCUCUGUGCUUUAUUGGAUCAUUUUUAUCGCUUUUGGUCUAGAACCCUCAAAUGGUUGACAGCAUCUGCUCCCAUUGAAAUUCAUUAGACUUUGCAGAGUAAACAGGUAAAUGGCUGUAUAUAAAUGAGUUGCAUCCUUUGUUUAAAUUUUGUGAAAACAUUUUGAAAUGUGAUUUAACAUUUAUUUCUGUGGUUUAUUUUUUUAUUUCAAUAAACAAUGACUUGCCUCACAGUA